AUGUCUUCCACAGCAGUGGAUUGGACCUCCGUCCUCAUCAACCUCUGCAACCUCGCCGUCAACGUUCUUUGUCUCCUCGGAGAGGAACCAGUCCGACGAUGGGUCCGUCAACGCUCCGCCACGCCAACGACAGGAAGCGGAGAUACUGAGAUGGGUCAGGGGGGCGAGUUAGAAGAGGUGCGUAGGUCCAUUUCCCAAUUAACAGUACGCCUAGAUAAUAUCAACACACACCCCACUGUCUCUACCGCCUCCCCUCCUGCUCCUGCGGCUGUUCCCGACCCCCCCAUUAUUAUUAUUAUGCUUCCUGUCUUCAUCCUCGCUCCCGCUCCGCCUUCGCCUCCUCACACAGUCUUUACCGAAACACCCACAGUCACUACCGAAGAUCCCACAGUCAUUACCGAGCCCCCCACUGUCGUUACCGUUUCUCGUUCCUCCACCCCAGACAUCUUCUUCUCUCUUCCCCCCUCUCCCAGCCAUAGUGAGUACAGCGAUAGAUAG